UAUACGCCGUUGCGCGGCUUUUCUGAGCGUUACGGCACCGUCCUCCCGCCCCCGCGCCUCGCGGGCGGGGACCCACCGGUUCCGCUCAGUACUAGCCGGGAGACUGAAGGACCCCCGGCAACUGGACCCUGGCGACUGGUCGCCCAGCUCUGUCCAGGCAUAAGCCCGCAUGGAGGGGACUGUGGAGUCCCAGACGCCUGACCUUCGAGACGUGGAGGGCAAGGUGGGCAGGAAGACCCCCGAGGGGCUGCUGCGCGGACUGCGAGGCGAGUGGGAGUCGGGAACCUCUGGUGCCCUGCUGCCCCCAGGGGCGCCUAGCACAGGCCACGGCCUGGGGGACAAGAUCAUGGCGCUGAGGAUGGAGCUGGCUUACCUGCGAGCCAUCGACGUGAAGAUCCUGCAGCAGCUGGUGACCUUGAAUGAGGGCAUCGAAGCAGUUCGCUGGCUAUUGGAAGAGCGGGGGACGUUGACCAGCCACUGCAGCAGCCUCACCAGCAGCCAAUAUAGCCUGACAGGCGGGAGCCCAGCCCGCUCGAGGCGAGGCAGCUGGGAUAGCCUGCCAGACACUAGCUCCACUGACCGGCUGGACAGUGUCUCCAUCGGCAGCUUCCUGGACACAGUGACCCCCAGCGAGCUGGAUGAACAGGGCCCUCCCGGGGCUCCCCGUCCUGAAAUGGACUGGGCAAAGGUUAUUCCUGGUGGGGAGAGGGCCAGGACUGAAGUGGACCUGACAGCCACCAAACUAGGGAACUUGAGGGCUGCAUGGACGCUUCCAGGGGAGGGGUUCCCAGGUCCACCUCUUGAGCCAGCAGAGGAUGAGAGUGCCAAGCUGAGCUUUGAGGCCCACUGGUACUGGGGGCAGUGUCAGGAUGAUGUGACCUUCCUGUAACAACUUGUCCACCCUUUUUGUUGUACUCCUGUGGUAUUCCUAGGCCCCGAAUUCCCUUGAAAUUUAUCCUCCUUCAAUUUGGGAGUAGGAAGAGACUGCAUUGAACUGUUGCCAUGGAAACCUGACUCAUCAUUCUUCUGGUGCCUAGGGAGGCUCUGCCUUUAUUCCCUCAGGACACUUUAGCCUUAGAGCUAUUUCUAUAGCUAUGUGGACUCUCGGGUUUUGACGCAUGGCUCCUGGUAUGACGAUAUCUCAUGCCCUAUUCCUCUCUUCCCCCAACCAGAUAAGGAUUUGUGACCUCUGGGAGAUCUCUGUUGAAGAGAUGGAUAUGUAAUUAUCUCACCCAACAUCUAGAAACCUUAACUCCCUUCUUGGUCAAAAUGGAGAUUGUGAAGAGACAUGGAUUGACCCUCCCAGAAGCCUUAGGGUUGGUAGAACUACCCCUACCUGUCUGGUGCAUGGUGUCAUUUUCUACUGGGAUGAUUAACCUUUCUUCUCUACCAGUGCUUUACUAUAGGGUGGCUGAACCCCUGCUGCUAAUUUAGACCAUACCUUUUGUUCUCUACAUCAUUACUUUUUGUAUGUAUGGGGGAGCAUAUCACCCCUCCUGACAGGGAACGUUUCUCAUGUCAGAGGUUUGCACUUCUUUUAUGAAGAUUCUUUUUUUUUAAACUGGGUGUUCUCAUUUUACCCUAGGGGGUCUCCCUCUGUGGCCACAUCUUUGGUAGCAGCAGAGUCCUGUAUCUGUACUUUUAGGGAGAGAAAUUAGCAGGGCCUCUACCUGCUGCUCUCAUGAAUCUGUUGACUACCCUGUCACAGUCCGCUGGCUUUCCCUGUCCCUAUUCUUGUAUUCUGACUCCAAAUCUGUCUGCCAAGAGGUUCAACUUUUGAGUCUCCACACCUUCUCAGUUUACCCUUUGGGCCUCAGGCCUUUAUAGGCAGAUGAUCCCCCAGUCUUCCCUCCCAUUGCUGAUGGGAGCCAGAGGGAGAAGCUUGAGGUUUCUAAACUCUGGGGAUGUGCUUGAAUCUGAGAAGUGAAGAGGUAGGGAGAAGCAUCUCCUUAGACCCUGUACUACCCUCCCCCACCCUGCCCGAGACAUUCCACCAUUUGGUCACAAGGACGCCUGCUGGAGGCUGGAAUACAAGGAAUCUCCUUGUCUGAGAUAUAAUGUGUUUGUGUGUAUGUGUGUGUGGGGGGUGUGAGUGGCAGGGACAGAAGCUCUUUGGUCAGAGGGCUCAUGUCCCACGAAGGGGGAGAGGUCUGAGGGAAAGGCUUCUUUCCCUCUUCACCUAGAGUAAGCCCUGGAGUUCUGGGAUCUGAGAGGGCGCAGAAGACUGGCUCUGGGCCUGGGUGAAUUACACCAAAGUAGGAAUUCAGAGACAGUUGCCAAUGGGAUCUCUGUAAGAGGAGAGAGGUGGGAGGAAAAAGGGUUGUGGCUACUGUCAGAGAAUGAAUUCAUGGAGAUUAACCCUUUGAACUCUAGUUACAUGUUAGUCCCUGUCUUUCCCGGCCCUUCAACUAGAUUAUUGGAAAGGAAAGGGAGAGAAAAGAAAAUCAGAUUAAUUUGCUAGGCCCCCCUGAAUUGGGGGUAAAAGGGACCUUCUCUAAAUCCUAUACUAAUUCCUGCUUUUCAUUCUGUGCUGGGGAAGGAAUUCUGCAACUUUCAUCUAAAUCCUUUUUGGGCAAUACAUUCAAUAUUAGAUUUUUAAGAUCCUCACUUCUAUCUCCUCAAAGAGAUUGAAAUCCAAGUUCUCUUGUCACCACACCUAGAGUUGGGCCUCCCAACUAGAAUUCCCCUUAGGUUGGGAAUUCUAUGGGAAUUCUAAUACCCUUUUCUAACCCCUACUCUGUUGCCAUUUUGUAGGGUGCCCUUGGGUAAUCUACCUUUCCUUGGUGCCUUGUGUUCCUUUUUGAAGUUGAUUUGUUUUUUUAGUGUACCAACUUCUGAGUUGAGGUUGCCUGCCCUCUUAUGGCCAAUGUGCAUCAUUGCUAGGGGUAGCUGAGUAGAACCUACAAGCUCAAACACAGCCUUACUGAAGGUCAACUCCUCAUGGUGCAGCCUGGCUAGAGAGCUGGGCCUAGAGAGAGCAGAGACUUGCCCAGUGUCAUUCAUUUUAAGUCCAUAUCAGUACAGAUUAGAACUCAGAUCCCCUGCCUGCCUGCCCAUAGUUUCAUCACUUGGCCAGACUUCCCACACAACAUCCACUCAAUACAAUCCAAACCCAAAAGGGCUAAAAGUAGCUGCUUCUUGUUUUAAUGUUCAGGCUCUCAACCCACCCUAAAAAGGCAGUUCAGUGUUUAGAAAAAGAACCUUGAAUCUGGAUUGGGUAAAGGGUGUACUAAUCCCAAUCUCAGAUAUAAGGAUCAUCAAUCCUGGACCCGCUUUUUUUCUGGAAAGGGAGGGUGAAUAUGUCCAGACAUUAUAAGGACAGAAGUCAGCAUUUCAGACCUGGAGGUUAAGAGCUGGGUGGGAGUGGAAGGCUUUGAGAUUAGGAGAGCCCGUGGAAUGGGGAGCUCCACAGGACAGGGAUUAUAGUUAAUUGGAUAAGCAUAUGAGUCUGUUGAGAGACUCAACAGACUGUUUUUACUACCAGAGAAGCCCAGGAAAAUACAAAUCCUUGUUCCAUCCAGUCCGACCUUUCUGGGCUAUAGGAAGGGACUUUUGGGGAACUCAAAGAAGGAGAAGGAAAGAAAAGGGAGAGAUACAGAGAGACGAGAAAGGAAGAGACAGGGGGGGGCAUACUGUCCUCCAAGUGAGUGGAGGGCUUUUGUUAGGGCACAAAGUAAAAGGGGAGAGACUGCUCCUGACAGCUGCAGAAACAGCCUGGGAGGAGAAGGGGUAGUGCUGCUGCCGGCCGGGAUGGAUCCAGUCAGGAGACAUGAGACCAGUGUGUGGGUAUGUGAAGGGCCUGCGUUUAGGGUGGUGGCCGUGAGUCUGAGCACUGGGCUGACUUGAAACUCAGGGGCAGCUUAGGUGAGAAAAGCUCAGGGUGUGUUGUCGACAUGAGCUUGCCGUGUGUAUGACAUCAGCCACACAGUGAUACUUGCUGAAUGAAUGUAUGUAAGCCCACAAGUAGAGGUGAUUUAUUUUUAAAAAUUAGGUGAUUACGUCAUAAUAGGUAAAUUAAAACAUUCUAAUUCUUAGCAUCCCUACAUAAACACUGCGUUAUUAAUGAUGUAUCGUUGCUUAAAUAUUUACACAAGGUCAGACAGGUAAUAACGAUAUACUAUGAACCCAAGUCAGUCCAAUUGCAGAGACUUCCAGGAAGUCUUCUGUGAUUCCUACUCCCCAGCCUCACACAUCUAAGUAUUUUAGAACACAUUCGUGCUGUCUGACCAGUAGCAGGGCCAGUGUGCUAGUAUCCUAUGACCACUGUAAGGAAUUUCCACAAGUGUAAUGCAUAGCAGAUUUAUCUACCACUCUGGAGAUCACAAAUCUGAAAUCAAAAUCCAGUUAAAAUCAAGGUAUUUCCUUCUGGAGAUUCUAGGGGAGAAUCCAUUUCUCUGCCUUUUCUAGUGUCCAGAGACUGCUUGCAUUCCUUGUCUCAUGGCUUCUUGCCUCCAUCUUCAGAGCCAGCAAUAAAAUACCUGCUCUCUGAUCUCUGCUUCCAUCCUUGUAUCUUCUCUCUGCAGUUUCCACUUAUGGUUAUGGGUGACUGCAUGUCCUUGUUAUUGUAUUGGGCCCUUAGGAUAAUCCAGGAUCAUCAUUCCAAACCAAGAUCUUUAAUUUAACCAUAGUUUCUAAGCCCAUUUUGCCAUAUAAAAUAAAAUAAAUACAGUUUCUGGAGAUUAGGUGGUAGACAUAAGGAUGGGGUUGUGAUUAUUCUGCCUAUCAUGGGCAGAUAGAAAGGGUGGGCAGGAGGACCUAUUCAGGCCCAGAUGAACUUUGUAUAGCCUCUCUCUGCCUACUUGGGAGAGGGAGUUAGCCAGGUCCAUUCCCCCAUGUCUGGAGAAAUUCUCAGAUAUGGGGGAAAUUCUCAAUUUGAGGAACUUUGCAGGGCUGAGGCUUCCUGGUAAACAUGGUAGAGGGUUCAGCAGGCUCAGUCUUGAUUCCUUAAAUUCUAUUUUCACUAUCAGAGAAGCCCAGGAAAACACAAAUCCUUGGAGGGUCCAGUCUCUCCUACCUUGCUUCUGGAUUGGCUGCUUGAAGUUUAGCUUUCUUUCCAGAACCAUUCUGUGUUCGUUAAGGCUGAAGGUAAUUCCCAGCAAGCUAGCCUGGGCUCUUAUUGAAAAAGGGUAGGUUAAUUUGACUCCUUUUUAAAUUAUUAUUUCUAAUUCUUUAAUAGUUAAAUCGUGCUCUUCAGUGCAUGGUGAACUCAUCAUUCAUUAAUAGUAGGCCUCUUUCUUAUUUUGUUUUCCCUUUUUGAUCACUGACCCCUAUUCCCUGACCUCGGCAUACACAGUAAUAUGUUUAGUAUGUAUUUGGAUAUGUAUGUAUUCUUUUAAAAUAUAUAUAUAUACACACACAUUAUGUGUUUUAAGAUAUAUAGAUGUAUACUUUUACAAUAAGCUUACUUAUGUAAUGAAUUGCUCCAUAUUUCAGUAAUUUAGCCUGAUAAAAAUUUAUUUUUCACUUACAUAGGA